AUGACAUCAGACACUAUCAAAGUAACACCAUUGCAGGGCCGGAAAUUAGGUGCUCAAAUAACCAUGCCUUCUUACACAACAGAUCCAUCGAAAUUGAAUGAGUCUGAUUUCAAGCAGUUAAAGAAGGCACUGCUUGAGCAUUCUGUGUUGAUCAUCCCUGGAAUGGAAGGAUUGAAGCCUGAGUCGCAACAUGCACUGAACGUCAGAUUCGACCCCUCCUCAGCUACUAACUAUGGACACAAGGAAGAGCUAUUUCAUUCUUCAAAGUCGAUUUUAGCUAAGGAUGGCAAGUGUGUUCCAAGAAGACCAGAGGUGAUGAUGGUUGGUAAUGGUUCAUUUGAGGCAGGGCAUGAAGGAAUGAAGGAAUUCACAUUGGAGCAUCCAACUCAUAAAACGUUUCAUAAGCAAUUACUCACAAAUGACGAAAUGGCUAAUAAGCAAACUAGAUUUUACAGAUGGCAUAUUGAUGCCGCAUUAUACGAGCUUUCACCACCAGUGGUGACGACAUUGUUGGGCCUUAUUGUUCCUCCUUCAAAUGAUAGACAAACCAUCAUCUAUGAAGACACUAAUGAAUCUAUUGAUAUUGCUAAAGGAGCAACUGCAUUUGCUUCUGGUAAAGUAGCCUUUGACCUACUCUCUAAAGACCAGCAAGAACAGGCGUUGAAUACUAUUGUUGAAUAUGCUCCGCAUCCUUACAUUUACAUAAACGACUGUAAAGCUACUUCUGAUGGACUAACAAUAGUCAGCGAAGAGCCAGGGAAAGAAGCAUCUUUAGACAGUUUACCUGAAUGGGAAGAAUCCAAAAUAAAGAGGCUACCACUAGUUUGGACAAAUCCUGAAACCGGAAAUCAUCAUUUACAAGUACAUGGUUGCUGUGUAUACAAAUUACUUGAUGCUACAACGGGGAAAACUAUUGCCGAUUUGAAAGAAGCAAGGGAAAUUGUUCACAAAAUGAUGAGGCCUGCCAUUUCUCCUGAGAAUAUUUAUUGUCAUGCUUGGAAUCAAGGUGACUUGUGUAUUUUCCAUAACAGAGGUGUCAUCCACUCAGUUACUGGUGAAUUGGAUCCAUCAGAGAAAAGGUUAAUGCAUCAGUGCAAUAUUGCCAGUGGCUCUGAUCCUGAAGUUGUACUUUGA